AAACUCUCCGUAGAGACGACGGAGUCGAACUACAAGCCGUUGCCGAAGCUGAUGAACAGCGAGCCGUACAAGGGAAAGAUAUGGUGCUUGGUAGCGAAGGGACCCAAUAGGAGCGAAGUGCGGUCGGCAUUAUCCUACGCGUCCUCGCAGGGGAACAAAACCUGUGACCCGAUUCAACUGGGGAAAAGGUGUCACAAACCUGACUCGGUGACCUGGCACGCGAGCUACGAAUUUAGCUCUUAUUGGACACAGUUCAGAUGGUCCGGUGGGACCUGCUAUUUCAAUGGGCUCGCUACUCAAGCUGUCAAGUAUCCUAGUUAUGGAUCUUGCAAGUUUCCAAGUGCUACUCUUUGAAGGCUAUACACAAUAAAUCUAUAUGAAAAAUGUUUCUUUUGAAAAAAAUUAUUUUACAAACGGAUAUAAUUUGAUACGAUAGGUUAAAUAGUAAAUUUUGUUAGAUCCAACAUAUCAGAACUUGUUAGUGUAUAAAUUCUUUAUUUAGAAAAUUGUUUAAUUUAUAUAGAAAUUUUAGGUAAUUUAGUAUAAUCUGUCAUAUGUAAAGUUAUUCUUAAUGUGAAAUAUAUAUAGUGUAUCACGUUAAGUCGCGUUAAUUUGUAAACUUAUAUAAAAUUUCUGUAAAUCAGCACUUCUAUUUUAUUUAUAGACCUUAUACUUUCUCAUUAUAUUUAGAUGAAAAUUUAAAUUUUCAAGUUAGCAUGUAGAGUACACCGAAUAAAGUGCUUAUAUAUCAUAAUUUGAUUUGAAAUAUAAUUUUAAAAUUUAAAUAUAACAAAUCAAAUAUUAUCAUUUAAAUAAUAUAUAUAAUGUAUUUACACACCGGCCUAAAAAUAGAAUAACUAUAUUUAGUCUGUUCUAAUUUUAUUAGAGACGAUCAUAAGGGGGCAAUUCAUGAACAAUUUCUCUCUCAACUUUGUUAUGUACUAUGUAUUUUUAGGCAUUUUUCAUCCAAUGCCAGCAAGUUGCAACUAGCAACAGACUUAUUUCUGGCAGGCAGUUAACAGCCAUAGUUCUGGAAUUCUGGUCCCUUGGGCCUGGUUAUUGUUUUUGUUUAGACAUUAAAAAGAAUGGGUUGCAUGGAAAAGUAUAGAAUGUUUUUAAUGAUAGUUGCAUUGUGAGUAUAUAAAUGUCGUAUAAUUAUUUUAUA